AUGCAGCGGAUUGAGAUGGCCUUCCUCCAGGUCGUUAUGCGCGUCGCGCUCGCAGCUGCCGCGGGAAUGAUAGCUGCUGUUGGCCUGUGUGCUGUUACUGAAGCAGCAUGCUCCGGAGCCCAGAGCUCUGCAGAUCACCCACUCGGAGGCAGCCCAAGGUGGCACCAAGGGACGGCCGCUGCCGGCGGUGGCCAAGGCAGGUCGGAGGCGGAGGCGGGGAAUCGGCGACAGCCACGGAAGCACCGCAGCAGCGACGGCCUCCAGGGUCGCUGUGCGGUGUGCAUGGAGAGCGAGGCAACAAUGGGCUUCCUGCACAACCAUAAGGUGCAUCUGUGUGUGUGCCGGGGAUGCUAUCGGGAGCUCUGCCUGAGGGGCAAGGCACGCCGCUGCCUCAUCUGUGGCUUGGAGGCGACCUGUACAGAGGUGAUCAGCACCUGA